UUUGCAAUAUAUUUCACCUGUUUACGUCCACUUUUGGCAGAAACGGAAAGAAACACCACAUGAAAGAAUUGACAAUAGCUGGGACAGUGUAGGAAGUGGACUUGCUUGCCAAAUACUGGAAAAAGUAAACACAGCGUGACACUAAAAUGCCACGAAAUCAUUCAAAGUUACUAUUUGUACGUGCACUACUACUUGCCUAUGGUUUAUUUACUGCGAACUGCGACCUGUCCUGGGUAAAUAGGAUUGACGCUUACAACCCUCCGGAUGACCACCGUGGUAAUGAGGGCAAUGCCUUCUUUGCGCUGCGGAGCUGCCACCAGGUGAUGCGCGGCAAGAGUGGCGAGUUCUUCUCCCCGGACUACCUGUGCUCCUACCCACCACUCUGGUGUAACUGGACCAUCCAGGUAGAUCCUGGUGAACGUGUGCUCCUCCACCUAGAGGACUUCACCCAGUCAGACGCAUGCAGCGGGAAGCUGGACCAGAUCCACCUGGACGAGCCCCCGGGGGUUGCAGGGGGUCACAGGAUCCUGGAGAAGUGUUGGCGUGAGGCCAAGUACAGGUCCCUCUCCAACAUCCUCCAUGUGGUUCAGCUGAUCAGAGGCAAACCCAGUCCGCCCCACAGGGGCUUCUAUGGGCGUUACGAGGCGUUCGUACCGCCAGUCACGUACAAUGCUUAUGGUGAUACCACUGAAGAAGACAGGAAGCUGAUGACUGAACCAAAACUGACAGAACUGGAACCCUUUCCCUCUCUGAGAAGUUUCACCAAGUUUCUCCCCAUGAAGGGGGGUGAACCUACGGAGGCCAUUUUACUGGAGCGCCCCACCCCGCCAGCUCAGACCAACCCGGCAAUGGUGUUUGACUAUUUCGACCAACUCACUUCCUCCUCUGCGUCCAAUGAGCUUCCAUCAUGGGAAGCAGAGGAGCCAAUGGUCAGAGAGGGGCCCUUCAAGUUUGAUCCUUUUCAGAGAGAGGAAGAAGAUUGGAACAGAGGAAUCUCAGAGGGGACUGACGCAGAUGAGAGCCACUUGACAAAGGAAGACUGGGAAGUGGGUAACUUGAGUGGAGAUGUGGUGGACCAUGAAUCCCAUCUGCCCUUGACUCCCACUCCCCCCAUAGUGUUCACUCGUCAGGGUACAUCAUGGUCAGGGAGUGGUGCCACACAGACCCACACAGCACACCCUGGAAGUGACCCCUCACACCAGCCCCCUUUCUUGAAUCCCAAACCCUCGCUACGCACUCCAUCUGCUAUGCGAAGGAACGUGGAUGCCCAAACUACAAAUACCAUCCCUCCUACCGAGUCAAACAUUGUGUCACACACAACAGAUGUGGAUGACCAAGGUGAGGAGUCUGGCAAUAAGGAAUUGCUGAAAAUGACCAUGGGUGAGUCUCCAGCAUCCAGUGCCACUCAUACACCCACUGAGACCCAGGAUCCCUUUGACCAUCUCCCAGACAUGGUUGAACCGUUCUUCGACAGCAGACAAUAUAAGAAAGUCAGAARUCACACCGAAGUACCACACUUACCAGAAGACCACCUAUUUGAGGUGGCUGUUGAAGUCAACUUCCUCGUGGCGCCAGAGGAGAAUUGGGACUACCUUGUGAGAUCACUGUUGAUCUCAGUGAAGUCUCUGAUUAAUGAGCAGUUGGAAAUUAUCCACACACCCAAAACCCUAUCCUCCAAAAGAAUAAAAAGGUUGAGUGCAGGAGUGCUUUACAUCCUCUGGCUGUAUAUUGGGGGUGGGCCGGAAGGGGUGAAUGUUCACAGGACCCUGCACCCGGCCCUGCAGGAGCUGUUAGAGAGGGUGGUUAGCCCCAGGGGCAGCUCAACACAGGGUGUCAUCGUCUCUGUAUCCACCUCUGAUGUGAAUGAGUGUGUGACCCAGCUGGUGCUGUGUGACAUCAACGCAGAGUGUGUGAACCGCUUUGGUUCCUAUGCCUGCCGAUGCCACUCCGGGUUCGAGGACAUGUCUAGGCUGGGCUCAGGAGGAACCAUUUGCGUGGACACCAAGGCCGCUGGCUGUUCUUCGGAACGGUCCAGCGGGAUGAUCAAAGGCAUCUACGUGGUGUGCUUCCUGUUCAGCUUCCUCAUCCUGCUGCUCCUCUGUACCGUGGGCGUGCUGUACCACCGCCACCACCGGGGGGCCAUCCUGGUCCACUGUCGGCGCAGCAGCCUCGGGAGCAUCCCCCCUCCUGACUACAAAAACAGUUCCAUCCGCACCAACUCAGAGCUGCCCCCACCCAUACGGCGCCCCAAGGAGAGCUGGGCUCGGGGCUGGGCUCGCCCCAAGGAGGGCUGGGCUUGGGCUCGCCCCAAGGAGGGCUGGGCUCGCCCCAAGGAGGGCUGCCCCUCGGUGGACCUGCCCUUGCUGCGCUUCAGCCCCCUGCUGCCUCUUGAUGGGUACAUGGAGCCAGGGGAGGGUGUCAAGCUUUGAAGAGAAGAUUGCAUUGUGGUUGUCCUGAAUGUGCAAUGAAAACAUUGAGACUAUUCUGGGCAGGUUGACUUCACUGUUUCAUGAGUUCAUUCUUUGCCUUUCCUCUCAUGAUGAAAUAACUUAUUACUGUAGUAUGACAUUAUCGUUGUGUGUAGUUUGGAUGUGCUAUAUGAUGUAUUCUUUGGAUCAUUGUUUCUAGUAUAUUUCAGUAAUUGUCUUUUUUCCAUGAUUGGGAAGAUUAUCUAUGCUCUCCACACAAGGGGAUUCAUUGCAUCUUUCCUCCCAAAACAGCUUCACUUCGAUUAAAUAAAUGUUAACUUGGCUCUACA